AUGGGUAUCAAGGACGGUGUUGAUGUGAAAGACCUUCUAAGUCCGAAGAUCGUUGACUAUGUCAAGAAAGAACUUAAAUUCGACAGUUUCACACCACCUCAAGUAAGUUUUGAGCUUAUUUAUGGUUUUUGGUUUAUUAAACCAUUUGUUAAAGCUCUUGGAGGAUUGUUUUUACGAACUAUCUUUAGGAAUGGAGUAUAAAACACUUUUUCCAAAAGUACGAUUGUAUUGUACAAGCUCCAACUGGCAGUGGAAAGACCUUGGCUUACGGACUUCCAAUGAUUCAGAUUCUGGAUGCUAAGAAGGAGAAGGUGGGUAUAUUUAAGUUGUAUAUUAUUCUUUAGGUGAAUGAAAAUGAAUGUCACGUGUUGGGAUUGAUCUUGGCACCGAGCAAAGAGUUGGUAAAUCAAGUUUCGACAGUUCUUCGGCCGAUCGCUAACCUGUUCGACCUGAAUGUAGUUAAACUGAUUGGAGGAGGUGGCUCGAAGACUGUGACGGACAAGCCUUUUAAAGGCAAUUGGUAAGAGUAUAUAAUGUUGUUUGUUUUGGUGUUUUGGGUAUCUAAUUAUCUAUUUUAUUUAUUUUAGUAUUGUGAUAGCUACUCCCGGUCGGUUAGAUCAUGUGCUGGAAAAGUUUGAACAUUUGAAGAAGUCUUUUAAGACUUUGGAAAUGCUAGUUAUUGAUGAAGCUGAUCGCUUUUCUGAUGAAGAAUUCAAAGUUAGUGUAUCUUCCAUUUUGGGUUUGUUACCUAAACAAAGACUUACUGGUCUUUUUUCUGCUACACAAGCUAAAGAAGUUGAGAAUCUGGUCAAAUUUGGUGUCAGAAAUCCGAUUAGAAUGGUAUUUUCUCAUGAUUUGAAGCCUGAGGUGUCAGAAGACAUUAAUGAGACGUUGACAUCAGGAGAAGCUGUACCUGAAAAGCUUAUCAAUUACUAUACUGUAAGUUGAAGCAUAAUACGCUGAUUUGAUUUUAAUUUUCUUUGAAGCAUAUGUUGUAUUUUUCAGAUAAACGAUGCAGAUAAGAAAGUUUUGGCGUUGGUUGAGUUCCUCAACUCGAUUCCCAAUGCCAAAGUACUCGUCUUUAUGUGUAGCGCUUCUGAAGUGGAGUACUUUUCCGACGUUCUUCCCCAGUUUUUGACGAAUACUAAAAAACGACCAGUUAUGGCAAUUCACAGAAAGAAGCACUCUAAACGACAAGGAAUUGUAAGUGUUUAGAGUUCACCUGCUAGGUAUCGUUGUCUACUUUGGUAAAAUAUAUUGUUGUUUUAAAAUAUGGUUUUAAUGAUGCUGCUUUAGAUCAAAAGCUUCGUCUCAGCGAAGAAGGCUGUUCUUCUAUGCACUGACUUGAUGGCCAGAGGUUUGGAUAUUGUGGACAUUGAUUGGGUGGUCCAAUUCGACAUUCCUAAGCAGACCAACUGGUUUGUACAUAGGUCUGGUCGUACUGGACGUCAAGGAAAGCAGGGAAAGGCGAUAGUGUUUUUGAACAAAGAAGAAGACGCCUACAUUGAGUUUGUCAGCAAAUACGAGAAUCUGACUUUGACAGAGUACAAGAUCGAAGGCCUGAGCAAGGAUAAGGCUCUGGAUCUGAGGGAGAAGAUCAGGGAUCUGGCUAAAUCUGACAGGUAAAAGUUAUUUGUUUGAAUUACCUUUUAUGUUGUCUUAAUAUUUAUUUAUCUAUUAUGAUUUAUACUGUUACUAGACUAAAUUUUUAUUUUUCAGGAAGAUACUAGUAAACGGAACACGAGCAUUCGUAGCUUUUGUGCAAUUUUACAUCAAGCACGACUGUAAGAUUGUAUGCAAGUUAGGAGGUAGGUUGCCAUUUUCAACAAUUGUAGUUGAGGAGUAGUACUAUUAUAUUUUUGUUUUCUUUUUUAAUUGUAUUACUCUUGCAGAGCAAGACAUUCCCGGACUAGCCCAUGCCUUCGGAUUGUUGCGUAUGCCUGUAAUGAACGAGUUCCGCGGCCGAAAAGACAUGAAAGAAUUCGAAAACGCUGGUAUUCCGACAGUUCAGAUCGCUUACAAAGACGAAAAGCUAGAAGCUCAAAGACUGAUCGAAAAUACUAAAAAACAAGAAGCUCAGGCCAAGAAGUUGGAGAAGAUCAGAGAGAAACGAAAGGCUGAGGAGGAAGGGGAAGAAACUACAGUAACUUCCAAGAAGAAGCACAAGAUCACGAAGCCGAAGAAGCAGUCGGAAUGGAACGAGCUCCAGAACGACCAACGGCUUCUGAAGAAGUUCAAGGCUGGCAAGAUCUCUAAGAAGGAGCUCAGCGAGGAACUCUAA